AUGAUGGUGGUACUAUUUGGUCUUUGUCUUACACGGAUGGGGAUCUUCACGAUGGAUAAGCAAAAGUGGCUAUCCAAGACCAAUCUUGUGUUUUUCACGCCAUGCCUUUUAUUCAGUAACAUUGCAUCCACUAUCUCGAUCCAAAAGCUCUUUGCAUACUGGCCGAUCCCAGCCUUUUAUUUCACCUUUGCAUUUGUAUCAUGGCUCCUUGCCCAUCUGGUAUCAAGAAUGGCAGGUUUAAAUGCACAAUAUCGCCGUUUUGUGCUUGCUUGUAGCGUGUUUGGCAAUACCAACUCGAUGCCAAUCGCUAUCAUCACUAGUCUUGCUGUAUCCGAAGCCGGGCAAAUUCUCUUUUGGGAUGCAGAUGAUUCUCAAGAGUUUGUGGCUGCAAGAGGCAUUUCCUACACUCUCUUUUAUGCAAUUUUCGGCAAUCUCCUUCGUUGGUCGUAUGGCUAUGGCUUACUCCAAAAGACCGAACAAGAUUUACUAGACGAGCAGCAAGAACAUGAUAUGCAUGGAAGAGCCGAAUCCGGGAAGCUCAAUGGAGGUGCCGAGAUUGUCAUUAGCAAGGGAUAUGGUAGUUGUUCCCCGAUUCAAGACGACGACGAUGAAGGACGACAACAACAAGGACGCAUGCCCGAUCGACGAUUGAGUUCCAUGACCUUGACGGCUGCAACGGAUCAAGAUGGCGAUGACGAGGACGACGUUAAGCAAAGCUAUGCUGCUGCUGCUGCACCCGUAACGCCCAAAGAGGCACCAGAGACAACACAGCUACUUGCAUCAUUCCCAACCUUACCAGCAGGCGGCGAUAUGGAUGGUUCAUCAUCACACAAGAAUAGCAGCAGCCAUCUGAUUUCUGAUUUGAUUAUGCAAGCGGGUCAGCGGAUUCAUCGUUUCAUGUCGCCACCAUUAUACGCCGCAUUUCUGGCUCUUGUUGUUGGAUUGACACCCUUGAAGCAUUUGCUAUACGCCAAAGACUCAUUCUUGUAUCCAUGUCUCACCAAAGCUAUUGAAAACUGUGGUCGUGCUGCAGUCCCACUUAUUCUCACGACGCUCGGUGCACAAUUGUACAUUAUCUCAACUUCACAACAUUCAGCUGCUCCAGCCAUGAUGAAACCUGUUGUAUCAGCCAUCCUUGUACGCAUGGUCAUUAUGCCCUUUGUCGUCGCUCCUAUUACAAUCGCCUUCGUCGUAUAUGGUGCUCGCAUCUCAUUACUUGCAACAGACCCUGUAUUCAUUACCAUGAUGGUGGUUCUUGGUUGUUCACCCACAGCUAUCAACCUUGUGCAGAUCACUCAAGUCAAUAAUGUGUUUGAAGAGGAAAUGCUUCGUAUGCUCUUUUGGACUUAUGGUGUCGUUUGUAUCCCUGUUUGCACAGCCGUCGUUUUCCUCGGUCUCACCAUUGUCGAUAAGGUCAUGUUAUAUUAA